ACCAAUUCUUGAUUUCCCUCGACUUUAACUUCUUUCGUUUAAAUGCCAUGGGUCCGACAUGAGGAUGUCAUCGUUGUUUUUUCAUAUGCUGCUGCUCUCUCUUCUUUGAAUAACAGUUCAGACCAUCUACGCCAAGCAGCCGCACUCGAUUGACACUGAACUGUCUCCUUGGCAAAAGCUUACACUCGGGAACUCGGUUCACCAGUCUAAAGAAUCCUCCAACCAAACCGUUGAUACGCAAUCGUGGGCUAAGGUUUUAGCUUCACCCCUCCGAGUACAGUCGCAUACAGUGUUGAUAAGGCGACGAGUACAUUACAACCUCCAAUUACUCCUCUUUUGUGGUCGUCAGAUCGUGAGGUGAAUCAUCACAGGCUAUUCACUCUUAAGCGGGAAUUAUAUCCCAAGCUGCAUUCGGGCCACCGUCGCAGUUUGCAACAAAUACAAUACAGACUUAUCAAUGUCGGAAAAUGCCAAUCCCGCGCCCAGCGGGCUUGAUGAUGGCGCCAACGGCAAAACACAGAAUGGAGAUGUUGAGAAGCAAGGAGACUCUCAUGGGAAAUUAUCUGCCGCAAAAGACAAGAUGACAGAGAAGCAGCAGAAGAUUAGGGACAAGAACAAUCCUCCGGGCGGCCACGACGAUACGCCAAUUCCACGAGCAGCGGAUGGAUAUACUGUCAAAUUCACGUUUCACCGUGCCGCCAAUCUCCCAAUGUCCGACCUUAACUCUCGAUCAACGGACCCUUACAUAACUGCGACUUUGACGUCUAGCCUACCGAAAAGACAUAAGGAAGAUCCGGAAAUGGUGUUGCGGACACCGACUGUACACAAGAACACAAACCCAGAAUGGAACACAGAAUGGAUAGUUGCGGGCGUUCCAUCGAGUGGAUUCCGCUUGAAGUGUCGACUAUACGAUGAGGACCCUUCGGACCACGAUGAUAGACUGGGAAAUGUAACAGUCCAGGUUGACCGCAUUGGGUCCAAUUGGCAGGGCAUCAAAAACGAGAGCUUCGACAUCAAGAAGCGGAUGGGAAGUAAGCGAGCAUAUAUGAUCCGAGGUUGUGCUGCUAUGCUUAGCAGCAGUGUGCAUAUGGGUGGACAUUUGUGGCUCAGUGCUCAAGUGGUUGGCGAGUCUGAGCCUCCGCAUGGGAGAAUGUAUACGAUUGGCGUAACAUCAUAUUUCAAGCACUAUUCACCAAUGAUUGGACGACUUGCAGGGACCAAAGCACCUGGGAGCUCAAAGGGCCCGCCUAAUGGAGACGAGCCAAAAACUGAGAAAUACGACUUUCAAGCAAACCAAUUUCAACUUCAAGGGCCGGUGCCAGCAGAGCUGUAUCAUCGAUUUGUUGAGUUUAAACCUUUCGUCAAAGGCAUGUUCUCGAAAGCUGGUCUUCGAGGACGAGUCUUGAACAAGGCAUUGCAUCACCAACAUGCUCGAGUCUACAAUUUCAGCAAUUCGACAGAAUAUGGAAUUGUCAAGCCAAGAUCCGAGGAAGCAGCUCUCCAGUUCUUGAAGAUGGUUCAUUUUGACGAAGGUGGCCGGAUCUUCACCUACGUCCUCACUCUGGAUGGUUUGCUGCGCUUCACAGAAACGGGGAAAGAAUUCGGAAUCGACAUGCUCUCCAAGCACACCAUGCACAGCGAUGUGAACAUCUACAUAGCUUGCUCGGGAGAGUUCUUCAUCCGUCGUCUCAAACAUCCGAACGAAUCCGUCGAUGCCCCAAACCAAGAAACCCACCCCAAUGCCGAUCUCCCAGGCGGACCACCAAACUCACCACCUCCAACAAGCCCCAAGAACUACGAACUAGUGAUCGAUAAUGACAGUGGUACUUACCGUCCCAAAGGCGAGCUCCUUCCAUUGCUCAAGAAGUUCCUCAAUGAGAACUUCCCUGGCCUACACGUCGUGACGAAAGAAUGCACAGACAAAGGUCUGGAAAAGAUGAAGAAGGGUCAACGCGAGCGGAAGAAGAAAGAGGGCCAGAACGUCACUAUGGUGCAGAACAGUGAUGAUGAUAUUAGCAGCAGUGAUGAAGAAGCUUUGGCUGCCGGUGGAGCAAAGAAGUCCAAGAAACAAAGAGCUUUUGAUGCCGUUGAGGAUCCAAGUCAGGCUUUCAAGGAUAUGAUUCCUGGGGAGAAAGGAAGAGAGACGAGAGAGGCAAAUGAGACUGCUGGGGAUGCGCCAGAGAGGGGUGGGGAAGUUCCAAGUGUCUGAUCAUGUAUGCGGAGUAAUGGUAUUACAAGUUUAAUUGCUAACGGUGGCUUGCGUUGACUCUACUUCUUGGCUGGCCUGUCUAUAUGUAUUGGUAAUUUUUGGAAUAUUGAGAGGUU